AUGAAGCUUGGGAGAGAUUUAGAGAGUUGCUGCAAAAAUGCCCUCAUCCUGGCAUUAUUGAUUGGAUGCAGAUGCACUUCUUUUAUGGACUUACGACUGGAAACAAACAAAUCGUUGACUCUGCAUGUGGAGGUGUUGUUCACCCGUUUUGCGUUUACUCCUGUGGUGGAAGGGCAAAGUUCCCCACUGCCUUGUGAACCAUUGACUGGUCAACAAGUCAGCUUUCUUUGGUGUGCGAGCGUGCCACUGCUAGCAAUGAAGAUUCUAGCAGACUUAUUCUAG